CCCCCCAAAAUCGAGUUCCUUCUCUUCCUCUUCAUCUCUAUUCUUUCCUCCCCCUCCACUACACCUUGUUCUUCGAAACACUCCUUGUAACACGCCUGAGAGAGAGACGAGAGCUCCCAAAGCUCUAAACCAUUGCUCAUCAAGCAUCGCAGCAUUUUAUCGAACCGUCAAAUGACCAAACUUCACCACAUUGAGACACUUUCAAUUGACAUCGCUUCCGCUUCGCAAUAUACUACUGCCGCACUUAUCUCAACUCACCCCGCUCAGUAUCGAUACCAGCCCUCAAGUGCAUGGUGGGGUCAAGAUGCCGCCCAGAUCUUCUCUAACGUCUUCCUUUUCAAUCACCGACUCCAACAAUGAAGUCGUGUGUCCUCUGCGAAACCAGGAUGGAUCUAGCUGUAGGAAGAGAUGCAUCGGUGAAAAACGAUACCGUUCCAUGCAAGAGCACAUCCGCCGAGCACACCCUGAGCACUACAUUUCGAAGCUCCCAGCGACCGAGGAAAGCUUUCUGCUCAUGAUCAACACCCCUCCGUCUGAACGUCCACCGAUGCAGCAGCCAAACGCGACCUCUGUUCCCCAGGGUUCGUCCCUCUCAAUCCAGGGCUUCUCCUCAAAGAUUGACCAUCCUCAAGGCUUCAAUCACGACCGCCAUAUGUACGACAAUAGUAAUCCGGGGACGCCCCGGGUCUUGGAAGACCACACUGUCGGCUCCCUGCUUCCCACGGCCAGUGCUGCUGCUGCGCUAGCUCAGUUGCAUGGCCACAAAGUCGAACCCGAAUGGGAGUCUGAGAUGGGCUGGCACUCCGAUAGCGAAGGACGCCGAAUUCCCAGGACAUCAAUCGAGCUGCCGCCACUGCACUUGUCCAAUAACGACAUUACUAGCGAACCGUUCCCGGCUAUGAACUCGAGCAGGCCGCGGGACAUACUUCCGUCAAUCCUAACAAAUUCGCCUCCUGGUCGCUCUUCGACACUGCCGCCAAUCCAGCGACCCGUGGGGCCUGCGCGACCUAGGAAACAGUCCGUCACUAAGAGGGGCAGGGAAGCACACCACAAGAAACAGAAAUCUCGUGGAUCGGCAGCAGACUGGCUUCGACGUAUCCAGAACGAUGAACGGCUUAGACCAGGUAAUAAUGACCGUAAGGCGUUAUCGGCUGAACCUUCUGCAGACUAUGGGAAAAGGUGGGAAGACCUCAUCGAUGCUGCCGAUCAGGCUGCAUCGGCCGCCGGCGACAUUGAUGAGGAUAGGACUCCCAUGCCUCAAUCACCAGUUUCCAUUCACAGGGCGUCGUUGCCUCCGUUUCAACACCAUCACGGAUUCCAAGCAGCAGCUGGAGGGAACUACCAAGCCUCACCUCUACAGCAAGCCCUGACCCCGCCAUCCUACAGCCAGGACACGAUUGACCCAUUUCCGUCGGUUGAAAGUGGUGAAAGCGGGGAGAACUUCCACAUCGAGUCGCGAGGUUUAUCAGAUUCCUCACCGAGCUAUUCGUCUCAAAAUACCCAAAUCUAUUGCGCAGCUUGCCAGAGCGUCUCACUGCUCAAGGACUCGUAUGCCUGCACAGAAUGCAUCUGCGGCCUGUGCCAAGCGUGUGUCGAUGUUCUUAUGGCAGAGCAGGGGGCCCGUCGCAAGUGCCCCCGUUGUGCCACGAUUGGCGGUCGGUUCAAGCCAUUCCAGCUUGACAUCCGGUGAUUACGCCUUUCUUAUCAAUCGUCAUGAAUACAUUACGCACAAAUGUCCGACUCUGGGGCCCACAAUACUGCAUUUGACAUCAACCAUACACACACACACACACACACACACACACACACACACACACACACACACACACACACACACGCAAACCC